AUGAUGCCAGUUUUUUGCUUGGUUUUGUCUUCGCUUACGCUCUUCGUUCUCGCCUACCCGAACCCGGAGAGGAUGAGAGCUUUUUUUGCAUAUCAUGUGAAAAAUUGGCGGGACACUCUCGAGCACGAUUUCACCCUUUUCCUUCUCGAUGAGUGGAUCAAUCCAACAUACUCGAUAUGUAAAUCCGUGUGGAUGAUGAAUACAACCAUCUACAUGUUAAUUAAUGGGAUCAUCGUGGUUUGGGCUUUCGAACGAUUGAAACGACUUCGGAAUAAAAUGAGCGAAAUGGCGAGGAAACGGCAUUUCUUUGCCCUGAUAGCAUUGCUCCUUCAGGCUAUCAUCCCAAUGUUCUCCUACUUUAUUCCGAUCUUUCUCCUGCUAACGAUACUUCAAGGAAAUUGGAAGAACAAUUUACAAGCUGCAAAAGAGCCAGCUGAAGCUGUUCAUUCUGGGCUUAGGUCUCGAGCCGACUCCCACGCUGAAUCACAAGUUGAACCUCGUGAAGAAAAUUUCUAUGAACAAGAAGAAGCAGCUCAAACAGCUCAAGAGGUUUCAACAACAAUGCCGGAAGAAGCUGAGACUGGGUACAAGUCAGAAGAAGAGCUCUAUGAGAUUCUCAGAGGGAGUUUCAGUUGCAGAGCAAUCGAUCAAGAAACGGAAAACGAAGUGAUCACAUCGAUUGCCUUGACUCUGAUGUCAACACACGGAGCACUGAACUCUCUUGUGAUGGUUUUUGUGAUCAAACCCUAUCGAGAGUUUCUCAUCACAAGUAGCAAGAGGAUCGUGUUAAGACGUAUGUUGAGGAUCUAUGAGAAUUCGAAUGCAAGCAAUCAACCA